CAUGUGAGAAGUUCCUAACAUCAUGUACAGGAAUAUUAUUGUAUUUCAACGAUGUUAUGUUAUCAACCACUUUGUAUAAUUUUCCUCGUUUUUGGUUUGUAUACUAUACAUACUUGCCGUUGCCACUCAUUCAAAUCCUAGCUAUUGUUUGUGUGAUAGGUCAUAUUUAAACUGAAUGUGAAUAAUCAAUUGAUUUAUGAUGCAGAUUGUAAGCAUCGAUGCAUACAUUAUCAUUUUAUGAGUGUUAAUAAUUUACCUAUAAAUAACGGUGCAAUAACUGUAGAACAUCACUUUACUGUUUCAAAUUAUUCCUAUAAUUUGCAUCUACUGGUAUUUCUGUGUGUGAAAUUCUGCAAUUGUUUUGUCCCAUCUCAUACUCUUGAGUAUAUAUUUCAUAUAUUAUUCAUAUUCAAGUUUUUGUUCGGAGUUUUUUUUUAAAUGAAAUAUUUAACUUGAAUUAUAACAUAGCAAUAAUUGUUACAUUUUGAUUGAUAUAGAAAUUAGCAAAUUUUAAAUAGGUAUGAUAUGAAACAAUGUCACUGUAUACUGGUCAUAUAACUACAUCAUAUAUUCAAAAGUCGUUACUUGCUGUUGGAUCUGCCGUUGCAUCAUUGAGUAAUCCUUACAGACAUGACAUGGUUGCUGUAUGUGGUGAGGUGACAGGAACUAAUGCUCUUCAAUACAUGCUGAGUAGAAUGCAAAAAGAUCCUGUCGGAAGAGAAAUACUUGAAACCAGACCUAGAAUAAACAGCACAACAGUAGAUAUGAAUCAUCUGCGAACUUUAAAAGACGAUACGUUUGGGAAGCAAUAUGUUGAAUUUCUUGAUAGAUUUAAAAUUACACCAGACAGUAGGAGGCCUGUCAAGUUUGUAGAUGAUGAAAAUCUGGCAUAUGUUAUGCAAAGAUAUAGAGAAGUUCAUGAUUUCAAUCAUCUUCUGUUGAAUCAACCAACUAAUAUACUUGGUGAAAUAGUUGUAAAAUGGUUUGAAGCAUUACAAACUCGACUACCGAUGUGUUACUUAGCCGCAUUAGCUGGACCUGUAAGGUUAUCUCAGAAGCAAAAGAAGUUAUUGGUACAAAAGCGUUUGCCAUGGAUUGCUGAAACAGCCUCAUCAGCAAAAUUUUUCAUGAAUAUUUAUUUUGAAAACAAAUUUGAAGAUAAGAUUCACGAUGUUCGGGAGGAGAUGAAUAUUAUUUUAUACAAGAAGAGUUCAGAUAGAAAAUGAUAGGUCGACUGCAGUGUUGGUAUCUGAAUGGUCACAGCUGCCCAAAAUGCGAAGAUGGGAGUUUAAAAUUCUUCCCUGCAAUAAAUACAUUGUCAUCUGGGAACGAUAGGAUUGAAUCAGAUGUUGUAGGCACCAACUGCCUUGGAUUUUUGCGUUUGCAAUGUAAUGUUUGAAUGGGCGGUGAAUUCUACUUAGGAAAUUUUAUUGCCAUGUCAAAUAAUCUGUCUAUUACCUCCAAUCGAGUCUGGGCCGACGCUUACAGGGAAAACUGAGAUAGUAUGGUUAGUAGGUAUUGUAUGUCUGCGCUGAACGUCAAAAUUACCCACAGAAGUGAAGUCUCCUGAUUAGUGUGGUGAUUUCAUUUUUAGUACUAGGCACAAGUUUUUUAUAAAAACUGGUAUAUAUAUAUUAUUAUCUUUGCUUUUUUAAUGCGGUUAACUGAAACCAUGUUCAUGGUAAUUUGUCACUGAAGGAAUAAAAUGCAUGUUCUCUCUCAGUA